CCUGUGUUAAGGUCCAGAAUGGGAGGAACAGAUGUAGAAGUGCAACUGGUUUUCAAUGAGACCAGUUCAGAACCACAGCCCAGCAAUGAAGAUGUGGUACAGACCUUGGUGUCAGCAGUGUCCAAUACCACCAUGAUGAAUGAAUUCAAUCUUACCAUAGAUGCCAGUUCCAUCAGGGUGAUAAUCAACACUUCAACAGCAAAUCUCACAACAGCUGCAGCAGCAGCCAGCACUACAGCUGUCAUCACAACCUCCACCGUUAAACCUGCGACUGCAGCCCCAACCACAACCCCCGCAACCUCCACAACCUCCACAGCCGCCCCAACCUCUAUUGUGCAGAUAGAGUUUACUUCAAGGGAAACGUUUGUGCCUGAACUCUCAAAUCAAAGCUCAGAGGCUUUCAAAGCCAGAUCAAAACUCACCAAAGAAGGGAUUGAACCAAUUUACUCAAGUGCCUUCAGUAACUUCAUUCGUCUGAUUGUGCAAAGUUUCAGGCAAGGGUCAAUCAUCACACAGGCAGAUCUGGCCUUCAACUCCACAGUGGCCCUACCCAGCAAUGACCAAAUAGUCAGCGUUCUGAGGAAUGCUGUCGUCAACUCACAAAUCCCUUUUGACAUCGACCCCAACUCCAUUAAAGUCACAUCUGCAGCCCCCAGUGGCGUCUCCAGUUUGACCAGUGUGCUCACAGCCUCCAGUCUGGCCGUGAUGUCAUUGCUGCUCUCCAGCUGCUGGUAGACUCAGCUGCAUUGACUCACCAGGAGGCCA